CCUAUUACCCCAAAUCCAGAUGGACCAAAUCACUCUCUCCAUUUCAACCCGCACCUAACGCAGAAAUGGAACGAAAAAUUAGGUGUUUUUCCAUCGAGCGUUGGACCGUUCAAAAAUAAUUACCCGUCCUUUGAUGUUCCCUUUUAUUUCCUUCCGAAGUUCCGAUUCCACUCCCUAUUGUUCCCCUUUCUCUCUCUCUCGUCGCGAAUCUAAGGUGAGAGUGUAGUUUGGAUUCUUGGUUCUGCUGUGUGGCCUUCUCUCAGCGCUUAUGGGUUCGAGAGUUCUUUCUUUAGGCGCUCCUCAGGAUUUUCCUGAUGCAGUCCUUGAAAAACUCGUCCUGGACACUACAAGUAAUCCAGUCCUAAAUGGUGAAAGAAGUGGUUUGAUGAGUCGUGAACAGAAUGGGGCAUUGGGUCAACUUACAAGUCCUGUAGGUGGUGGAAGAAGAGAUAUUGUUAUCAGAUCAUUUUCUGGUGCAAAAUCCUUUCGGGAAGAAGACAUUGACUUGGAAGAUGGUAAAGUGACAAAAGACAAAGAGAAAAUUUCACGCUGUUACAGGCCUGUAAAGAUCCACAAUCAGGCCCUUCUAUCUGGUCUUGCAUAUUGCAUAUCAUCAUGCAGCAUGAUACUGGUUAAUAAGUUUGUUUUAUCAGGCUAUGAUUUUAAUGCUGGAAUAUCAAUGAUGCUUUACCAGAAUCUUGUUUCAGUAAUUAUCGUCUCUUCUCUGAGACUAUUUGGAGUAAUAACAACAGAACCUCUUACAUGGAAAUUAAUUAAGGUCUGGUUGCCGGUCAAUGUUAUAUUUGUUGGGAUGCUCAGUACAAGCAUUUUUAGUUUAAAGUACAUCAAUGUUGCCAUGGUAACAGUUUUGAAGAAUGUCACCAAUGUUAUUACUGCUCUUGGCGAAACGUAUCUUUUCCAAAAGCAUCACGGCAACACAGUCUGGGCUGCUCUGUUCCUUAUGAUAAUCUCGGCAAUUUCAGGAGGAAUCACAGAUCUCUCAUUUCAUGCAGUUGGCUAUACAUGGCAGAUUGUUAAUUGUUUUCUGACAGCAUCAUAUUCGCUAACAUUACGGUGGGUCAUGGAUACAGCAAAGCAAGUGACAAAAUCUGGAAAUUUGAAUGAGUUUUCAAUGGUUUUGCUCAAUAACACUCUUUCAUUGCCUUUGGGGAUUCUGCUUGUAUUUGCAUUUGAUGAAGUGGAUUACCUUUCUAAAUCGCCGCUUUUGAGGAUGCCUAUGUUCUGGUUGGUGAUGACUUCAAGUGGGUUUUUGGGACUUGCAAUCAGCUUCACUUCAAUGUGGUUUCUCCACCAGACAGGUGCAACUACAUACAGCCUUGUAGGAUCGCUAAAUAAGAUUCCUCUCUCUAUUGCUGGAAUCCUCCUUUUUAAAGUACCAACUACCCUGGAGAAUUUCCUAAGCAUCCUGUUUGGUCUAUUAGCAGGUGUAUUUUUCGCCAAAGCAAAGAUGAGGGAGAGAUCUCAAUCCUGAGGUAGAGAGGGACCGAUCUUUGAAAAUCAUUUUUUCGAGCUGGAAAAGCACUAUAUUGGCAGGUACUGUGAUUCUCUAGCUGACACAAGGUUUCAUCAACACAUGAUCUGAUCAAUAUCCUUGGUUUACUGGAAACUAUCAUCCAAAUGAAGUCCAAGAAUAUUGUAGCAGAAAGAGGCUCUUCCUUCGGGUGCUCUCAAAUUUUGCAUGGUCGAAAUGACGGGCACUGGAAUACAUCUUUGGUCGACCAUACUUCUGCAUUUGUACUUCUGUGAAUCCAUUUCCAACUCAUGAAGUUUAAUUUUUGGAAUUUACUGUUUUAUUGUCUAGAAACUGAGGUACUUCACUAAAAUGAUAUAUUUGCGAGCCUUGGUGGCUCGAAGCAGUGAAUUUUUAAUUAUAAGUGAAUUGUGGAGACCUAA